UUUUUUUUCGUGGUGGUGGGGGAGGAGAUUGGGUGGCUGGCUGGCUGCGGGAAGCUGCUUCCUUUCCCUUUGGAGAUGAUUGUGCUAUUAUUCUUUGCCUUGCUCUGGAUGGUGGAAGGAGUCUUUUCCCAGCUUCACUACACAGUGCAGGAGGAGCAGGAACAUGGCACUUUCGUGGGGAAUAUCGCUGAAGAUCUGGGCUUGGACAUUACAAAACUUUCAGCUCGCAGGUUUCAAACGGUGCCCAACUCGCGGACCCCUUACUUGGACCUCAACCUGGAGACCGGGGUGCUGUACGUGAAUGAGAAGAUCGACCGCGAGCAGAUCUGCAAGCAGAGCCCCUCCUGCGUCCUGCACCUGGAGGUCUUCUUGGAGAACCCCCUCGAGCUGUUCCGGGUGGAGAUCGAAGUGCUGGACAUCAAUGACAACCCCCCCUCCUUCCCGGAGCCGGACCUGACGGUGGAGAUCUCUGAGAGCGCUACGCCGGGCACCCGCUUCCCCCUGGAGAGCGCUUUCGACCCAGACGUGGGCACCAACUCCUUGCGCGACUACGAGAUAACCCCCAACAGCUACUUCUCCCUGGACGUGCAGACCCAGGGGGAUGGCAACCGAUUCGCCGAGCUGGUGCUGGAGAAGCCCCUGGACAGAGAGCAGCAAGCGGUGCACCGCUACGUGCUGACCGCGGUGGACGGGGGAGGAGGGGGAGGAGGAGGAGAAGGAGGGGGAGGCGGCGGGGGAGGGGGCCUACCACCCCAACAGCAGCGCACCGGCACUGCCCUACUCACCAUCCGAGUGCUGGACUCCAACGACAAUGUCCCCGCCUUCGACCAACCCGUCUACACUGUGUCCCUACCAGAGAACUCGCCACCGGGCACGCUUGUAAUCCAGCUCAACGCCACAGACCCAGAUGAGGGACAGAAUGGCGAAGUCGUGUAUUCCUUCAGCAGCCACAUUUCGCCCAGGGCGCGGGAGCUCUUUGGACUCUCCCCGCGCACCGGCCGACUGGAGGUGAGCGGCGAGCUAGACUAUGAAGAGAGCCCAGUGUACCAAGUAUACGUACAAGCCAAGGACUUGGGCCCCAACGCGGUGCCCGCGCACUGCAAGGUGCUAGUGCGAGUACUGGAUGCUAACGACAACGCGCCAGAGAUAAGCUUCAGCACGGUGAAGGAGGCGGUGAGCGAGGGCGCGGCGCCGGGUACAGUGGUGGCCCUGUUUAGCGUGACCGACCGCGACUCAGAGGAAAAUGGGCAGGUGCAGUGCGAGCUGUUGGGGGAUGUGCCGUUCCGCCUCAAGUCUUCCUUCAAGAACUACUAUACCAUCGUGACCGAGGCCCCCCUGGACCGAGAGGCUGGAGACUCCUACACCCUAACAGUGGUGGCUCGGGACAGGGGUGAGCCGGCGCUCUCCACCAGUAAGUCGAUCCAGGUACAAGUGUCAGAUGUGAACGACAACGCACCGCGGUUUAGCCAGCCCGUCUACGACGUGUAUGUGACCGAGAACAACGUGCCGGGCGCGUACAUCUACGCGGUGAGCGCCACAGACCGCGAUGAGGGCGCCAACGCCCAGCUAGCCUACUCUAUCCUCGAGUGCCAGAUCCAGGGCAUGAGUGUCUUCACUUACGUGUCCAUCAACUCUGAGAACGGCUACUUGUACGCCCUGCGUUCCUUCGACUACGAGCAGCUCAAGGACUUCAGCUUCCAAGUGGAAGCUCGGGACGCCGGCAGCCCCCAGGCUCUGGCUGGUAACGCCACCGUCAACAUCCUCAUCGUGGAUCAGAACGACAAUGCCCCUGCCAUCGUGGCGCCCCUUCCUGGGCGCAACGGGACUCCAGCGCGCGAGGUGCUGCCCCGGUCGGCGGAGCCGGGUUACCUGCUGACGCGCGUGGCGGCAGUGGACGCAGACGACGGCGAGAACGCCCGGCUCACCUACAGCAUUGUGCGGGGCAACGAAAUGAACCUCUUCCGCAUGGACUGGCGCACCGGGGAACUCCGCACCGCGCGUCGGGUGCCGGCCAAGCGCGACCCCCAGCGGCCUUACGAGCUGGUGAUAGAGGUGCGCGACCACGGGCAGCCGCCCCUGUCCUCCACUGCCACACUGGUGGUGCAGCUGGUGGAUGGAGCUGUGGAGCCCCAGGGUGGGGGCGGGGGCGGUAGCGGGGGGCCAGGGGAGCAUCAGCGCCCCAGCCGCUCCGGCGGCGGGGAGACCUCGCUGGACCUCACCCUCAUUCUCAUCAUUGCGCUGGGCUCGGUGUCCUUCAUAUUCCUGCUAGCCAUGAUCGUGCUUGCCGUGCGUUGCCAAAAAGAGAAGAAGCUCAACAUCUACACGUGUCUAGCCAGCGACUGCUGCCUCUGCUGCUGCUGCUGUGGCAGCGGGGGCUCGACCUGCUGUGGCCGCCAAGCCCGGGCGCGCAAGAAGAAACUCAGCAAGUCGGACAUCAUGCUGGUGCAAAGCUCCAAUGUACCCAGUAACCCGGCCCAAGUGCCGGUGGAGGAGUCCGGGGGCUUCGGCUCCCACCACCACAACCAGAAUUACUGCUACCAGGUCUGCCUGACCCCUGAGUCCGCCAAGACCGACCUGAUGUUCCUUAAGCCCUGCAGCCCUUCACGGAGUACGGACACUGAGCACAACCCCUGUGGGGCCAUCGUCACUGGCUACACAGACCAGCAGCCCGACAUCAUCUCCAACGGAAGCAUUUUGUCCAACGAGACUAAACACCAGCGAGCAGAGCUCAGCUAUCUAGUUGACAGACCUCGCCGAGUUAACAGUUCUGCCUUCCAAGAAGCCGACAUAGUAAGCUCUAAGGACAGUGGUCAUGGAGACAGUGAACAGGGAGAUAGUGAUCAUGAUGCCACCAAUCGCGGCCAGUCAGCUGGCAUGGAUCUCUUCUCCAACUGCACUGAGGAAUGCAAAGCCCUGGGCCACUCAGAUCGGUGCUGGAUGCCUUCUUUUGUCCCUGCUGAUGGACGCCAAGCUGCUGAUUAUCGCAGCAAUCUGCAUGUUCCUGGCAUGGACUCUGUUCCAGACACUGAGGUGUUUGAAACUCCAGAAGCCCAGCCUGGGGCGGAGAGGUCUUUCUCCACCUUUGGCAAAGAGAAGGCCCUUCACAACACUCUGGAGAGGAAGGAGCUGGAUGGACUGCUGUCUAAUACACGAGCGCCUUACAAACCACCAUAUUUGACACGGAAAAGGAUAUGCUAGUCAAUUCUACAGGAUUUACCUGAAGCAGCAUGAUUUGCACAAAGUCGACCAACAAAAGCAUCAACUUUUCAACUUCAUUAUCUUGGCCAUCCAGUUAGUUGUGUGUAACUGAGUUUUAGAUUGCCGGCGGAGUCGUCGUGGCCAAUUAUAGGACCUAAUUGCUCUCAGCAGGCCUGAGAAAUGAGUUGAAAUGUGCAGAACUGUAGAAACUUUAGAGGCAACUGAUUUUGCCUCUCCGAUCAGUGUGUGCCUGUUUACAGCACUAUAUAUCUUUCUCUCUCCAAAUGUCACUGAGCCCUUUAGAUGUUUAUAUUCACCACGAGAAGCCAGUCAUAAAGAUAAAGGAAAUUUGUGCAUUAUAAAUGCAAUAUCACUGUUUUAAACUUGACUGUUUUAUAUUAUUUUUGUGUGAUCAAGUGUUCCCCAAACUAUUCCAACUUUACAAGAGAGAUUGUGAUUAUGUUCUUUUCACCUGUGGGUUCUAAAAAAUGUUGUAUUCUGAAGACCCACAAAAUAUCAAAGACAUUCUGUAGUUUAUACACCGUGUUGCAAAGUGUU